AUGUCUGGAGCAAAAGCUGAUGCUGCUCAUUUGGAGCAUUACGACAAGGAACAUGUAGAGGCUUUCGAGAAAAGCUUUCAGAAUCCUCUUGCUGGAAUAGAUAGGGAGACUCUCUUAUCAAGAGUUCGUACCUUCGCUAAGGAAAAGGGUCUUGAAGAUAAGAUUCCACAGUUGGAAAAAGGUGCGCUCGUAGCCCAAGACCCUGAGAAUUUCGAGAGUUUGUCAGACCUGGAUGAUGAUGAAAAAAGAAUCUUGCAGCAAGAAGUUGACCACAAAUGGCACCACCCUAAGGCAAUGUAUUGGACCAUUAUUGUCUGUUCAAUUGGAGCUGCUGUUCAAGGUUGGGAUCAAACUGGUAGUAACGGUGCCAAUUUGAGUUUCCCUCAAGAAUUCGGUAUUGAUAUCAGUGAUCCAGCUAAUCCUGACUAUGAGAAGAAUAACUGGCUUGUGGGAAUGAUCAACUCAGCCCCAUAUAUGUGCGCAGCCAUUAUCAGUUGCUGGCUUUCGGACCCUAUCAAUUACCUAAUUGGACGUCGUGGAACUAUCUUCAUUGCUGCCAUUUUCUGUUUACUGACACCCAUUGGCCAGGCUGUUACCCAGAACUGGCAUCAGCUAUUCGUAUGUCGCUUGUUGCUAGGAUUUGGUAUUGGUUUGAAGGAGGUGACUGCUCCCGUUUUUGCUGCUGAGAACGCACCUGCUAGGAUCCGUGGUGCCAUGGUAAUGACUUGGCAGAUGUGGACAGCUUUUGGUAUCUUACUUGGUUUUAGUGCCAACCUAAUUUUAUACAGAGUUGGUAAAAUCGCUUGGAGAUUGCAGGUUGGAUCUGCUUUUAUCCCAGCAGUUCCUCUCUUGCUUGGUAUUUUUUUCUGCCCUGAAAGUCCAAGAUGGUUAAUGAAAAAGGACAGGUAUCGUCAAGCAUAUGACUCUUUGUGUAGAUUGAGAUUCAGUGAGGUUCAGGCCGCUCGAGACUUAUACUACAUCCACGCCCAACUUGUUAUUGAGGAUGAAAUGAUUGGCAACAGAACCUAUAUCACCCGUUUUAUUGAGUUGUUCACUGUUGGAAGAUUGAGACGUGCCACUCUUGCUUCUUGGGUAGUGAUGAUCGCCCAACAAAUGUGUGGUAUUAACAUUAUCUCAUUCUUCUCUUCCAGUAUCUUCGUUGAGGCUGGUCAAUCAGAGAAGUCUGCUCUUCUUGCAUCAUGGGGCUUUGGAAUGGUGAAUUUUGUGUUUGCUUGGCCCGCAUUCUAUACUAUUGAUACGUUCGGAAGAAGAGCAUUAUUGCUAUUCACUUUCCCUAAUAUGGCUUGGACCUUGUUAGCAGCGGGUAUGUCUUUCUUCAUACCUGAAGGUAGUCGUGCUCGAUUAGGACUAGUCGCUCUGUUUAUUUUCCUUUUCGACGCGUUCUAUUCACCUGGUGAAGGUCCCAUUCCUUUUACAUAUUCUGCCGAGGUAUUCCCAUUGUCCCACAGAGAAAUGGGUAUGAGUUGGGCAGUAGCUACCAACAAUUUUUUUGCAGCUAUCCUUUCUCUUUCAUAUUUCCGGAUCCAGGCUGCCUUUACUAUUCAAGGUGCCUUCGGGUUUUAUACUGGUCUAAACUUGGUGGCGUUUGUGAUGAUAUUCUUGUGGCUUCCAGAGACUAAGCAACGUACUCUUGAAGAAUUGGAUUAUGUAUUUAGUAUUCCUACUAAAGACUUUAUGAGAUAUCAACUCACUGAGAGUCUUCCAUAUUGGUGUAAGAGAUGGAUCCUGUGGAAGAGAAAUAUCAAACUGAGACCCUUGUAUUACUUUGAAUACUCUGAUCACCAUCAGGGAAACUCAAACACAUACGAAGUGGCUUAA